AGGAGGCGGGUUUAGCGUCCGGAUUUUCUUCAGCAGCUGUAGCCUAAAACAUGGCGACUCCUGGCCCUGUCACUCCGGAGGCACCCUUUGAACCAUCGCAGCCCCCAGUCAUUGACGGCUUUAGCCCCAGUGUAUACAGAACUUCAGAAAGCUUCAAGGAAAAGUUUCUUCGCAAGACCCGCGAGAACCCAAUGGUACCCAUAGGCUGCCUGGGCACAGCGGCCGCCCUUACCUACGGCCUCUACUGCUUCCACCGGGGUCAGAGCCAGCGUUCCCAGCUCAUGAUGCGCACCCGAAUCGCCGCCCAGGGCUUCACGGUCGUAGCCAUUUUGAUGGGUGUGGCUGCAUCCACUCUGAAAUCUCGACCCUGAGUCGGUGGCCUGGCCUUGAAAGCUCCGCGGAGACCGUUCCCAGCUCCAGGAGCAACCACCUGUCCUGCCACUGGCAUUAUUCCCUCAUCUCCCCUGACAAGCCCCUGUAUCAGUGGGGGCAGAAGUGGCCAAUUGUGUAAGCGACAGAUUUUUUUCAGGAAUCUCAGGUUCGGUUCAGUUUGCGGGGUUGCAUACUUCUAGUUGUGCUGCACCUUCUCCACUCCCUACUUAAUAAAUAAACUCUGAUCCACUUGUAGUUUGGUGAAUUCAUUCCCAGUCUCACCCUCAUGGUUUUUGGUCUUUGGUUUUAGGAGAAAACAGACUAAAGACUGCAGGGGCUCUUAGAAUUCCAAUAGUCUACUGAUUCUCAAACUUUCCUGGUAACAAUCACCCUGGGGUAUUUAUUAAAAGUAGAGAGUCUCUACAUUGAUGUUAUAUGAAAAAAAAACAAAAAACUGAUCUUUCCAACAGUUUUCAAACUUUCAGUAGAAAACCUUCCUUCAUAUGAGGCCUGCCAUGGUUCUGUCAGAGGCACGGGGCUCUGCCCUCCACUUCUGCUCCUGACCCCAAUCCCACCUCCUGAGAGCACCUAAGACUCCACGGAUCUAGACCAUCUCAGCUUGGUUCUUGAUGCAUUUUAUGGACCAGGAAGCUGAGGCUUAGAGAAGCAGCCUGGUGUAACAGAAAAAGCAUAAGGCAUAAUCCCAAAGCUUGCCAGUGGUUUGUGGCAGCACCUAGUGUUUUAUGGCUAAGGAUAAAAGGAGGCUGGGGACCUGAGCAACCUCUAGAAGAGAGGCAACUCAUGACUUUCUCAUUCAUGCAAAGUCUCAAACAGGUGUUCCUGGUCUGCAGUCAGCCCUAAAGUGUUGAUUCGGAUUCAGGUUCCUUCCAUCCAUAACUCCCAUCAGUUUCAACACCAGCUGGAUGACUUAGGCCAGCUAAGUUUCUUGCCACCACCAUGCUCUUUCAGCUGUAAGACAGAGAUUAUAAAUGUAAAGCAGUACUUGUGGUGACCCUUGGCCUCUACAAGGAACAGAUAUGAAGUGGUGAGGACUAUGGCACUUCUAGAGAGGAUGGCCACUAUUUUUAACUGUUGGUGUUGUGGGCUCCCCCACUCCAAAUAAAAAAGAUUUGUUGAAGUCCUAACCCCAGUACCUCAGAAUGUGACCUUAUUUGGGAAUAGGGCCUUUUCAGAGGUAAUCAAGUUAAAAUGAGGUCAGUAGGGUGGGCCCUAAUCCAAUAUGACUGGUGUCCUUAUACAAAGGGGAAAUUUGGACACAGCAACAGACACGUAUAGAGAGCAGGCUAUGUGAAGAUGAACUCAGGAUUGUUGUAAUGCUUGUACA